AUGCCGUUCUUCCGUUAUUCAAGGAAUUUAAACAUUAUGCUGAUAAUCAUGAUAUCUCCCAUUGGGGUAUCACUGAUCAUCUUUCUGUUCGGCUCCAAUUACUUCGAAUGGUUAAAUUUCAAGAAAAGCUUGCCAUCUUGUUGCUAUCCACGUUCUCAGCCUUUUCUUCUGACGUUAUCCUUCCAUCCUUUGUUUCUAGUUAUAAUAAGCCUUUGUUCGAAUGGGCCUCUGAUCUUAGUUACAAGCCAUCAUUGUUGA